AUGCAUGCGGUGCUGCACGUCGACGUGGCCGGGCGCGCCCUGGCCGUGGUGGAGCGCGACGGCGCGCACGACCCGGCCACGGGGCGCGCGCUCACCGGCUCCUGGCUCUGGGAUUCCGCCGUCGUCCUUGCCUCCUACCUCGCGUCAGCCCACCCCAGCCCGCUCCUCGGCGCCACCGUGCUCGAGCUCGGCGCAGGCACUGGUCUCCCCGGCAUUGCGGCCGUUGCGUGCCUCGGCGCCGCGCGCUGCGUGCUCACGGACGUGGGGCCGCUCCUGCCGGUCCUCAGGGCCAACGCCGAGGCCAACGGGCUCACGCCCGCACAGGCCGACGUGAGGGAGCUGCGCUGGGGGGAGGACGCCGGCGUGCCCGAUCAUGAGCUCCUCCGCGUGGACGUCGUGCUCAUGUCCGACGUGUUCUACGAUCCGGAGGAGAUGCCGGCGAUGGCGGCCACGCUGCGCCGGCUGUGGCGGGAUGGCACAGUGGGGUGGGCAGCCAGCGAGGUGCGGUGCGGCGUGCAGGACUGCCUGGACGUGCUACGGGAGCACGGCUUCCAUGUGGCCGAGAUCGACAUGGUCACCAGGCCACUGCUGCGCGACCCCACGCAGACCGCCGACUUCGCCGUAUAUCGCGUCGAACUCCGGCGGCCUCAUGACGGUUGAGUUUGCUUCAUUAGCCGGCGUUUCCUCCUUUAUUUUGCAAUAUAUAUGCGGUUCAUGUUCAUUUAUACCUCCGAACUGCAAAUCCAGCUCGGUUGCAUUGCAUGUAGUAAGAUAAGUUUAUGUUUGAACUGCAAGUUAAUUAAAAUGUCCGAAU